AUGGUUGAGGCACCAACACUGUUUUCGAAUCCAAUCAAGACUUUGUAUUUGUUUUCCAUAGUCCUGUUUAAUUAUGCAAAGGAUGCGGUUAAAUAUUUAAGUAAAUUUUGGCACAUCAUUGGAUUCUUGGCUCUGAUUGUGAUUGCACCCAGAUUUGUGGAAGGCGAACACUCUGAGUUGGUGAGACAGGGUGAUGAGAUUGCUUAUUUUAUGUUGUAUUGGCUUGUAUUGGGAAUUAUGUCAUCUGUUGGUUUGGGAACAGGUUUGCACACAUUCGUGUUGUAUUUGGGUCCUCACAUUGCUAAGACCACAAUUCAAGCUUACGAAUGCAAUGCACUCCCUUUAUUCGUGCCAUCAAAGUAUGCCACGUAAUAUGUGGAAUGUCCAAAGGAGGCAACUGGAAUUGCUAUGUUCGAUAUUGUGAAGUAGGUCUAUUUUGAGACAGUUCUCUUUGGCAUCGGUACAGCAAUAGGAGAGUUGCCACCCUAUUUCGUUGCCAGAGCUGCUGCAUUGGCCAAUAAGAAAUUGGAGGAGUUGGAGGAAGUCUUGGAAAAGAAGGAUGAAAAUACUUUUAUGCAUAGAAUGAAAUUGCUUAUUUACAAUAAAUUAUAGAAAAAUGCAUUCCUCACUGUUAUGUUGUGUGCAUCCAUUCCAAACCCCUUAUUCGAUUUAGCAGGCAUUACUUGUGGUCACUUCUUGAUUUCCUUCUGGACCUUCUUUGGAGCCACUGUUUUGGGUAAAGGCAUUCAUCAAAAUGCACAUUCAGUUACCCAUGACUGUGUUUGUGCCUUACUCAGCUUGAUCCAAAAAUACGUUCCCUUCAUCUAUGAAUUUUUGAGUGAGUUACUUGAUAAGCAAAGAAAACAACUGAGAGAUCCUUCUCUUUUCAAAGAAGGCACCAAACCCUUGUUGGCUCAAUUGUGGGAUUACUUCAUUAUUCUUAUGAUAGGAUUCUUUAUGAUUUCCAUAGUCAAUAGCUUAGUUGCUCAAUAUGUCAGUGAGUAGGAGCAGGAGAAAAAAAAGGACAAACAACACCAACAUCAUAGUAACAAACAUCAUGCAGGUGAUCACAAGACCAGUAAAAAAGCAAAAAGCUCAUGAAAAUGACUAUUAAAAGGAAAAGUAAAAUUUAGAUUUAUCAAUUAUUAUUU